AUGUGCUCCCCACUCUCCCUCAACUCUACCACAACUCAACAAAAAUUAGCGACCCCGUUUUCUCUUGGAGCUUUUGUAAAAACACUAGCCAUUUCAAGCAUAAUUGUAAUAUUGUCUUACAUAUUGUUCUUUGAUCAAUCAAAUAGUUUUCAACCUUCCAAUCUCCUGACAACCUUCAAACAAAGCUUCCCGGCUGUGACUGCACCUCCCGGCAGUCACCCUCCUACGAAUUUAAGCCACAUUGUGAUCGGAAUCGUUGGCUCCAUGAACACAUGGCAGCAGAAAAAAGCAUACGUUGAGGCAUGGUGGCGGCCUAAUGUCACCCGUGGAUACCUCUUCUUAGAUAGAGCUCCUAUCAAACAGUUUCUCCCUUGGCCUUCAUCUUUUCCUCCUUUUCGAGUCAACGAGAACAUCACCGGAUUCAAAGUGUACCCGAAGAUUGUGAGUCCGGUCCAAGUACGAAUAGUGCGUACAAUUUUGGAGAUGUUUAGAGAGAGUGACAAGGAUGUGAGAUGGUACGUCAUGGCAGACGAUGAUACCGUUCUUGUUGUUGAUAAUUUGGUUGAGGUUCUUGCAAAGUAUGACCAUACUAAAUACCAUUACAUCGGAACAAGUUCGGAGUGUGUGAGGUCUAAUUCUGAUUUCUCUUUUGAUAUGGCAUUCCGUGGUGCUGGCUACGCUUUGAGUUACCCACUCGUGGCAGCAUUGGCGACAAAGUUAGAUGAAUGUAUUGAGAGAUAUCCAUACUUGGGGUUCAGUGAUUUAAUGCUACAUGAAUGUUUAACCGAUUUAGGAGUUGCUCUGACGCAAGAAAAGGGCUUUCACCAGAUCGAUCUCCAUGGUGACAUAUCAGGUCUUCUGUCAAGUCAUCCACAGUCUCCAUUCCUCUCCCUUCACCACCUUGACACUAUUGAUCCAAUCUUCCCCUCCAUGAACCGUUCGGAGUCCAUUAACCACCUCAUGAAAGCAGUAACAGUAGACCCUUCUCGUCUUCUUCAACAAACCAUAUGUUACCACAGACCAAGCAACUGGUCUGUCUCAAUCUCAUGGGGCUAUUCUGCUCACAUUUAUGAAAAUAUAAUCCCCAGGAGCAGUCUACAGAGGCCGAUUGAGACAUUCUGGCCUUGGCAGAGGAGCGCCAGAGUGCCAUUUUACAUGUUCAACACCAGGCGGCGCUCCAAGGAUCCAUGUCAGGCUCCGCAUGUGUUUUAUUUUGAUUCUAUUGAGGUCUAUUCAUCGCCAGAAAUACGCCUGGAGAUGGGAGGAAAGGAGUGCUGCGACAUAGUACAUGCAGCUGGAAUGAACAAUACUCGAGUCGUAUACAGGGCUUGCAUGGAGGGUCAAGUUGGAGAAAAAGAGAAUUUGGAGCUAAGUGAUCCAGAAACUGCCCUGCUAUGCGUCAACUUUGAGGAUUAA